UCACUGCUUAAGGAGGAGCCAAAAGUGGAACGAUCUCCUCUUCUGUUCGCAGCUUUAUUGCGUUCUUCUACCUUUGAGCUUCCUCCGCCAGAUCUAGCGCUAGGGCUUCCUCCUGCGAGCGUAAGGAGUUCAGAUGGGGCAGCAGACUCUCAUCUACAGCUUCGUCGCGCGGGGGACGGUGAUCCUGUCCGAGUACACCGAGUUCACCGGAAAUUUCACCAGCAUCGCCUCCCAGUGCCUCCAGAAACUUCCCGCCGCCAACAACAAGUUCACCUACAACUGCGACGGUCACACAUUCAACUACCUCGUUGAGGACGGCUACACAUAUUGUGUAGUUGCAGUUGAGGCAGCUGGCAGGCAAAUUCCCAUUGCUUUCCUUGAGAGAGUUAAGGAGGACUUCACUAAAAGAUAUGGAGGAGGAAAAGCUGCAACAGCUGCAGCCAACAGUUUAAACCGAGAGUUCGGGUCCAAGCUUAAAGAGCACAUGCAAUACUGUGUGGACAACCCUGAGGAGAUCAGCAAGCUGGCAAAAGUGAAAGCUCAAGUUUCUGAAGUAAAAGGAGUCAUGAUGGAGAAUAUUGAGAAGGUGCUUGAUCGUGGUGAGAAAAUUGAACUACUAGUUGAUAAAACUGAAAACCUUCGCUCCCAGGCACAAGAUUUCAGGCAGCAAGGAACAAAAAUGAGAAGGAAAAUGUGGCUACAGAACAUGAAGAUUAAGCUGAUUGUUUUGGCGAUCAUUAUCGCCCUAAUUCUGAUCAUUAUCCUGUCCGUUUGCCAUGGCUUCAAAUGCUGAUGAAGUGAUGCUUUUUGGGAAUAUUGAUAUUGAUUGUUGCUCAAACAGAAUUGUUAAAUUGAUGAUAAUAUAUGAUCUAGGGCAUUAUGCUACAGGUGAGAGUUUUACUACUUAAACAAUUUCUUAUGAAAUCAGAUAAGAUCGACUACAUAUGACUCGAUAUAUUUCAAUGUAUUUCUUACUGCUAAGAGAGUUGAUUCCUGUGGUUUGAAA